AUGGAAGUAAAAAAGCGAAAAACUAUCCCUCAAAAUUCUAAACAAUCAAUAAGUAAACAACAAGUGAAAACUAUUGAAUUAAGCAAAAAUAUAAACAAAUAUGAAAAUCCGAAAGACGUGUUCAAGAAACCAUAUGAAGUAGUGAAGAAAUACAAAGAAAUGAACAAACAAGAAAAAAAAACUCAAAUAAAAAAUUCAGAAAAAGAGCUUGCUAACUAUUUUCAACUUAAAGAAGAAGCAAACGAACUUGACAUUGAGAACAUGCCUUUAUUAUUCGAAGAUGAUUUCUGCUUGCAAAAGGAUAUAGAAAUAUGUGAUACAUACUUACCGAUAGAUUCGGAAAUUGAGCAAGAAACCCAAGAAAAAAUAAGGAUAAAUAUUAAUGAAAAAAUAGAGGCAGUAGAAACAAGUAAGGUAAAUACGAAAGACAAGAUAAUUAUAACAUCAGCUGUAAAUUUUGGAACCAAAGAAAAUAUUAAGAUUGACUUAAAAAAUAUGAAGAAAAUGGCUUUGACUGAUAAAAUUAAUCGGAACUCUAAAGCAAGAAAUAGAAACCAUUACUUGAAAGAUGAAGAAAUAUUACAAGAUCUCAUGGAUUAUAAUAUUAAUUAG